UGCUCUUAACUCUCCUUUACAAUUUCAGAACCUAAAUGUCUUUUCCAGGAAGACAUAAUCUCUUUGGGCUGCACUAAUGAUUAUAAGCCAUUGUCCAAACUAGAUUCCAAAAUUACUAGGAAAUAAACUUUCAACUUUCACUCAGUUGAUAUUUCCGAACCGUGUAUUUUUUUAGAUGUUGCUGUUUCAGGUCCUGACUCUGUAAAUUACCCAGUGGGGAGGGUUUUCAGAGUUUCAGGAUAUAAUCCAAAUCGGGCUCUCCAAGUAUACCCGAAUUUCCUUCAACUAGACAAAAUUUGGGGUGUUUUUUUUUCCUUGAACACAAACCUUUUUAGAAAUUGGCCACAGCAAUCUUUCUGGCACUUAGUACACAAUCCAUAACAUGUUGCUGAGAAAAUGAAGACAUUAAUGAAGGGAAACACAUCACCUAUGUAAACAUGGGACUUUGCUAAACUAAAUUAAAAGUCAGUUGGUAGUUGGAAUUCUCUAAUGAUUUGUCUUAAUAACGUCAAAAUUUCUAUUUGAUGAUAUCCAAGAGUAAUGGAGAGUUGAUGGUUUAUUUGUUGUUUCUUUCAGAUUGAAGACAUUCAAACUAUGCAGAUCAACCAGACAAUAGUGAAGGAAUUCACCCUCAUUGGUUUUUCUCUUUACCCAGAUGCACAGAUAUUACUAUUUGUGGUCUUCUUUUGCCUUUACCUUCUCACCCUAAGGGGUAAUCUGACCAUCAUGGGUCUAACCUGGGUGGACAGAGCCCUUCACACCCCUAUGUACAUCUUCCUGAGUGCACUCUCCUUUUCUGAGACUUGCUACACAUUGAGCAUCAUCCCCAAAAUGCUGGCAGAUCUACUGGCCAAGAAGAGAAGCGUCUUGGUCUUAGGUUGUGGCAUACAGAUGUAUUUCUUCUUAGGACUUGGAGGCACUAACUGUGCCAUCCUCACUUUAAUGGGGUAUGAUCGCUUUCUGGCCAUCUGCAACCCUCUCAGGUAUCCACUGCUUAUGACCCACGUCCUAUGUGGGGAACUUGUGGCCUCUGCUUGGGCUGGAGGCUUCUUUGUAUCUCUGAUAGAGACAGCAUUGAUAUUCAGAGACUUUUUCUGCAGUCCCAACCUUGUCAAACACUUCUUCUGCCAUAUGCGUGCAGUGGUGAGAUUGUCCUGUUUAGACAGCAACCUCACAGAAUUCAUUGUAACAUUGAUCUCAGUAUCAGGUUUGCUCGGUACCUUUCUACUCAUUAUCCUCAGUUAUGUCUUCAUUCUUUCCACUAUCCUACAGAUUCCUUCAGCUGAGGGCAAGCAGAAGGCAUUUUCCACCUGUGCCUCCCACCUCACAGUGGUCAUAAUCCAUUUUGGUUUUGCAUCUAUUGUUUACUUGAAGCCAGAGGGUUCACGAAGAGAUGACACACUCAUAGCUGUCCCUUACACUGUUAUUACUCCUUUCCUCAGCCCCCUCAUUUUCAGCCUCAGGAAUAAGGACAUGAAGAAUGCUUUUGUAAAGGUGGUGGGAAAGAUAGUAAGCUAG